AUGGCCAGUAGCGGGCUCCGGGUACCCUUCUUUCCCAAGGCAGAUGCGGCUGUUUUGACGUCCAAACAUGCACUUCCGCUGACCCGUCCGAAAACCGUUGGGCCCAUCUUUGAUCCCGAUAAUAUCGAUCAGCCGAUUGGGCCAUGGGCUUGGAAUGCCGCGACAGCCUUCUAUCCCAAGACAGAGCCUUAUGCACCCGCAUCUAUCCCGGAACAGCCGACUGGCUCUACUACUCCAUAUCUGCGUGCUUUCCUAGCCGAGAACGAGAGACUGAGAUUGUCGAUGCUUUGGUACUAUACCCGCGAUAUUCUGAAAGAAGAGGAAUUUCUCUCGGGGCUCCAAGAGAAAGCAUAUCUGGCCCAGGAAUCCACCGGCUGGGAGUUUGCCGUCAUUGGCAUUCUUGAUGUAAAUGUUUAUAUUCGGUUGGCUACAGUUGGGCUUCAGCUAGGCAUCCUUCCGCGCGGUGAAACUAUCUGCGCCCAUACGGUUACUCAACCUCCUGGUAGUGUCUUUCUAUUACCGAAUAUGAUGGAAGACUGGAGGUUCCAAAAAUCACCAUACCUUGAACUUGGUGGGCUUCGAGCCUACGCUGGCGCACCACUUCGCUUACAAAAUGAAUUCGGAGAGUGUGUUGGUCUUGGAUCACUCUGUGUCGCCUCAAGUACUAGUGAAGAGCCUUUGACCAAAACACAGCAACAGGCGCUGGUCCGCCUGGCUGACUGGGUCGUCUCUGAUCUCGUUCAAUGCGCAAGAGCGAGACGCCAGCGAGAACGCCGCCAAAUGUCCGAACUCAUCUCUAUAGCGCAAAAGGAAACAGACGAUACAGUCUCUGAAGAGCCGGUCCUCAGGAUACUGAAAGCCACGUACCCCGAUGCGAAAGUCAGCCUCCAAUCAGCCAAGGCAACCCAUCUCGAGGUUGAAGGACGAGAACCGGUACCAAUCUCUGACUUUGCGGACGACAUUUGGGAAGAUAUCGACUAUCUCGAUGACUUUAUUUCGAACUCAAACCAUCUUGAGCUUCCGUCUAAUAGGACAGUGCGCAUCAUUACCGCGCCAUGCGAGAGCGUCUCGGGAUCAUCAUUGCUCGUUGUGGAAGCGAAAGACUUUCACCACGUGUUUGACGAUGUAGAUUCCUGGUUUGUUCAGACUUGUGCUGGCAUGUUCUCCCAGUUGUGGCGCAAGCGCCUUCUGAUAGAAGCCAUGAAGGCAAAGGAGAAGUUCCUCCGGGGGUUUUCCCAUCAACUCCGUACUCCCAUUCACGGUAUUCUUGGCUCUGUGGAGCUCCUGGCCGAGGAAUUGCAGUCGCGAAACUUGGGCGAAUUCGUCCUCCCAAUGAUGGAGGGAAAGUCGGCGGACUCGCGCGAGCCCUCCAUGUACCUCAACUUAAUCAAGAUGGCGGGCCGCGAUCUAACUGCAAUCGUCAACAACAUGAUCACUUUGAACAGAUGGUCCGAUAUCGCAAUUCAAGAUCGGAAACACGCUAUGCAUACCUUUAAAGAGCUCGAGACGGAGAUAGGAAAUGAGUUACUCAAACUAACGUCGGGUGACACACGCUACAAGACAUCUAUUUUCUUUACUCACAACUUUCCGCCCGUUUGUGAGAGCUUCCAGACCGACCUCGAUGUGCUCCGAGACAGUCUACUUCCACUUGUCAUCAACGCGAUUCAACAUACGCCACGAGGCAUUGUUUCAAUAAUCGCAUCGAUAAAUCUAGAUCGCAAUCAACUUAUCUUCGAUGUGAAAGAUACCGGCCAAGGUAUCCACCCCGAUCAUCAAGAACGCAUCUUUGAACCCUACGAAAAGGUUGACGUGCACUCGGCGGGCGCUGGCUUGGGCCUCACACUCGCUGUUAAAUUUGCGACAUUACUUCACGGAUCCGUCGACCUAAUCUCGUCAGAUAUCGACUGCGGUUCUCAUUUCAGGGCCAUAUUCCGAGAAGUCGAAUGUGUUUGCUUACCCCAACCCUUACAGCCAUUGGCGUCAAAUCUCAAUGGCUUGCCUUCACAAUUCUUCAACCUGGCAACCGGCUUUGAGGGUGAAUCAUUAUGCGACCACUUUUCCACUUUCCUCUGCCGCAAUGGCUUUACUCCCUCUGACGACAUUACAACAUCCCUUGUCGUUCUUGAUGUUGUGCCCGACUUAGAACAACAUCGCACACAUCUGUCUCAAAUCCCAACUGAGCAAGUCGCCAUCUGUCUUGUCCCAUCUUCAGAAGCGGUACCAGCUCUCGAAGAGACUACAGAUAAUGUCAUCUACGCCAACGGCCCCUUCACGACCAGCUACAUGAGCUCCGUACUUGAAGAAGCACAAACCCUGCUUUUAAAGAUUAAAGCCUCCAGGCUACGUCUACAGCAAUCCAAUACCGACUUAAUCCCACCGACGAGUAUAAAUGAAGCGCCGAACCCAGACAAAGCUUCCUCGUCUCAACCACUCACAAUCAAUUCAGUCUCGGACACCAACAUGUCACUCACCUCCCAACCAGACACAGCAGCUUCUGUCGAAUUAACAGUAGCAACACCGAGAAUCCCCAUCCUCACACCAUAUUUCAACUCCACAGCUCUAAUCGUCGAUGAUAACGUCGUCAACCUGCACAUCAUGGAAAUGUAUUGUCGUAAACGCGGCAUACAAUCCUACUCUGCAACAGAUGGCCUGCAAGCCAUCAAAAUCUUCUCCCAGCGACAAGCAUCAGCCGCCUCUGGCGACGGCACUGCGAUCGAGCUAGUUUUCAUGGACCUGCAAAUGCCAGUCUGCGAUGGUAUUGAAGCCACGCAACAGAUUCGGUCCCUGGAGAAACGGAAUAAGUGGCGCAGAAGUUUGUUUUUUGUCAUGACGGGGCAGGAUAGUCCGUCGGAUAGAAUUGCUGCAAAUGAUGCUGGAGUGGAUGAGUACUUUGUUAAGCCUGUUGUUAUUAAACAACUGGAUCGGGUUAUUAAGAGCUACUUCCCUGCCUUUGAAGCGCGCUAG